UUUACACAGCGCACGAGUGCGGAUCGGGUUCGGAUACGGUUACGGACUUGAUUUUGAUUACCGUUGCGUUUGCGAGCCUGCAAAUUUUGAACUGUCGACGCGUUGCCAAUUCUACCGAAGUAGCAGCAGCCGCAGCUGUUCAGUGUCGCAUUGGAACGCAAUUUGAUUGCCACCGGCUUUCUGGUUAUUGAUUUCUAAAAGGUGCCUCAACUUUAUAACACUUAUCAAAAGUUGCCUGCGGCUACAGACCUAGCCAAAGUCACAAGACGCAAUCAAUCAAAAAGACGCAUAAAUUUUUGAAAAAUUUCUGAAAUGAAAUCGAUCGACAAAAGUUAAUGCCAUUCGCGAUCAUCGAUUGAACAUAACCAAAAUUAGUGUACAGCAAAAAAUAAAGAGAAAAAAAACACACACACACUCGUCGAAAUCAGUCAGUUAAAAGUGAGAGUUUUCCACGCUUUUUAGAAAUUGGACAGAGAAAGGCGAAUCAACUCACAAGCGGACCCUUGCUGGAAAAGUGAGAAGCAAUCAAACAAAAAUAAAAGGAAAACUAAAAUCGUAAAUCAAAAUUGUGCAAUAAAAUAAAAGCAAAUAUCGCAUUUACAGAUAAUCGUAAUAAAAAAGGAAACCGAAAAAGAAAAAGAAUAAACCUAUGGUCUUAAAACGAAUUUAAUUAAGACCAAGUCGAAAAGAAGUUGUGGUGAAUUAGUUUUGAUUGGAAGUGUUGGCGUGAUUGUUAAGUUAUUGCCCCAUAAACUCGCCCACAAAUAUUUACUAAAGUUUAUUGCAUUCGAAAAAAGAAAAGAGUGAAAAUCAAUUAAACAAAAUAUUUGAUUACCAUUACUGGAUCAUACACGCAGUUAUCGGUCGACUUGCUGUUCCACUAACCAUGAAAACGUUGGAAAGUGUGCCGGUCGAACAAAAUAAUUAACGAAAUCUGUGGAGAGCGGCACAGAAAAGUGCGAGUGCGUGUAAACCGAAUCAAAAUCCCAGUGGCCAAAAUGGCAGCCAGUGAAAAUCAAAUUUGAUUAGCUACAGCACCAGGUCAUUGUUCUUUACGACUAGUGAAAAUCAGUUCGCAUUUAAGUAGCCCAAAAGUCUUCAAAGACAUUCAACUAUUAUUUCUGUGCAACGAUCCAAAUACAGCCAUUUAUGUCUGGGAGCUUAAUACUUAAUUGAAAAGUCUAACAUGCGCCCGGCACGUUACCGAUGAAGCAAGCAACUUUAAUCGGACACAGACACAGCAGCACAGACCCGAAGAUGUGGCCCAAACAGCGUUGGCUAGUCAACAGAGCAACUGCAGCGAUACCAGAGAGCAGCAGACACCAAAUAGUAGCAGUAUUAGUAGCCUUUAUCUUAGUCAAUUGCCUAGCCGCGGCGACGGCGGCGCUUAUCACACCACAGCACACGGGCAGCGGGAGCGGUAGCAGCAGCAGCAGCGGCAGCAACACCAACAGCUUUGAUUACGAUUCCACAAAUGAGGAUGACGACAGCACAUCCUUGCCCAGUUUCUAUCGCAGUCCACAUCGCCUGGAUGGCUACUAUACGCCUGCGGAUCUGCAGCGCAGCCAAAACUUUAAGAUAAGUCCCAAGCCGUGCUCCUUUGGCCGCAUCGAGGGCACCUGCAUGUUCGUUUGGGAGUGCAUCAAGUCCGAGGGCCAGCACGUGGGCAUGUGCGUUGACUCGUUCAUGUUUGGCUCAUGCUGUACCCACAACUACACCGAGAAUAUUGUGCUGCCCCACACGGGCUUCUCAUACACGAGACCCACCAAGCCCCUGUCGAUGAGGCCCCGGCCGCCACCACAGCCACACAAGCCGCUAAUCAGCGGUAUGACAACUAUUGAACGUCCACAUGGCGCUGGUACAUUGGUCAUUCGUCCUUCUGGUCCGGUGCAUCAGGGCACUUUAUCCAGGCCACAUCCGAAGCCAACGACGCCGCCCGAUUUGCAGAGUGCAGCCAGCCAGGCGACGAGCAGUUCGAAUAGUAUUUGGCAUACAUCAACGCACCAGCAGUCACCGCCGCCUCAGCAGCAGCCACAGCACCACCACUGGCACAUGACCACCGAGCCAAGCUUUAUUACCAGGCCGCGACCCACCGGCUGGACCAAGCCCGGCAUAGUCAAUUUGCCAGCAACCAUGCGUCCCUCUAAGCCGGCAAAGCCCACAAAGAAACCGAUUGUCUACGAGCGGCCUCCAACGCCGCUGCCAACGACAACGACGUCGACGACGACGACGACUACGACAAUGAUGCAGACGCGACCGAAGCCCAAACCCAAACCCAUACCGACCAGGCCUCAGCUGUUGCCGGGCACAUCAUUAGUCGCGUCCUCCUCAUCAACAUCAGCCGUAACAACAACAACCUCAACAACGACAAAGGGCACAACGACAACAACAACAUCGAAAGCAACAACCAGCACCACAACAACAACCACUAGGAAACCCACCAAGCCCGACCAGCGGCCCACCACAACAAGCACGACAACAGCUUCCACAUCCUCAUCUACAUCUACAUCCACAACGGCGGGAGCAGCGGCUGCUGUAUCAACCUACAGACCACGUCCGAGUCCAACAUCUCAGCAGCCCACGGCUGGCAUUGAAUCCAAUGAGAUAACGGACUCCUCCACAGACGAGGCCGGCAUGCUUGGCCAUGUGAAGACCAUUUCAGCGGCACGCAGCGAAUGUGGAGUGCCGAUGCUGACGCGUCCAGAGACUCGGAUUGUGGGCGGCAAGAGCGCAGCAUUCGGUCGUUGGCCCUGGCAGGUGUCUGUGCGACGCACCUCGUUCUUUGGCUUCUCUAGCACACAUCGCUGCGGUGGCGCUUUGAUCAACGAGAACUGGAUAGCCACGGCGGGGCACUGUGUAGACGAUCUGCUCAUCUCACAGAUUCGCAUACGCGUGGGCGAGUAUGACUUCUCUCAUGUGCAGGAGCAGCUGCCAUACAUUGAGCGCGCCGUAUCGAAGAAGGUGGUGCAUCCCAAAUACAACUUCUUCACAUACGAAUACGAUCUGGCACUGGUUAAGCUGGAGCAACCUCUAGAAUUUGCGCCGCAUGUCAGUCCCAUUUGUUUGCCCGAAACGGAGAGUCUGCUGAUUGGCAUGAAUGCCACGGUCACUGGCUGGGGUCGACUCAGCGAGGGCGGCACACUGCCCUCGGUGCUGCAGGAGGUCUCUGUGCCCAUCGUGAGCAACGACAAUUGCAAGUCCAUGUUUCUGCGCGCCGGCCGCCAGGAAUUCAUUCCAGACAUCUUCUUAUGCGCUGGCUACGAAACGGGCGGUCAGGACUCGUGCCAAGGCGACUCAGGUGGCCCACUGCAGGCCAAGUCGCAGGACGGACGUUUCUUUCUAGCCGGCAUCAUAUCCUGGGGCAUUGGCUGUGCCGAGGCCAAUUUGCCGGGCGUUUGCACACGCAUCUCCAAAUUCGUGCCCUGGAUACUGGAGCAUGUGAGAUGAUAGCUGCAUCUGUAUCGUCGAUAUGCUCAGCUCUUGUUAUUGUUUUAAAUUAUUAAAUGUAUGUUUUAAGAUUGUGUGAUUUUAAUUUAAAUGAAUCUUAAGCUUAGUUAGCUUCAAUUUAACAAUUUGCAUUGACCGCACACACUUAGUCAGGCCCACUAAGUUAGUCUAGCAAAAAUUGUCUUUAAGUUGUCUAACAUAUGGAUAUAUAUAAAUUAUAUAAUUGCAUCAAUAUGUGUAUAUAUAUAAAAACAGAAAAACAAAAACAAAAAUGAACAAAAAAAAAAAAAAAAAAAAACGGAACAAAACAAAAAGUCAUUUUCGUUGUAAAGUUGUUGGUAUAUUAGUCUAGGCAUUAAUAAUUAAUUAAAUCUAUUUAACUUAUGAAACAAAUCGCAUACAAACAUCAUUAUGUUGUAUCUUGCCCAAAGAACAAGUUUAUUUAUAAAGAUGAGCUCAAAUAAAUCUAUUGACAAUAUAUUGUAAAUUUGUGAAGAAGAAAAAUAAUUCAUUCAAUAUAUAGCUGAAGUGUCUAAAUAUAUAUUCCUUAAAGGUGAAAUAAAUUGAAAAAAAAAUUAAUCUUUUAUAUAUGGUAA